CCGCCGACGACCCUGCAGCCGACGAGGCGAUGGUCCUAGACGCCGACGUGGUCGACAAUCUAGAAGAAGCCGGAGACGAAAUCGAAAAGGGCGAGCCCUCUUCCGCGGGCGAGGAAGGCGAAUUCCCCGAGGAUCUCAAGGAAUACGCCCGGAAAGCCCUCGUCGACCUCCGAUCCAAAGUCGAGCUCGCCGUGUGGACCAACAGGCUCGUCAAAAACUCGAGCAAAACCAACGACACCCCAAAGAAACACCACCAUCACCACCAUCACCAUCACCACAAUCACCACCACCACCACAAAGGGAAAGGAAAAAUGCAAGAGAAAGACGAGCAAGGCUCAGACUCAGAAGAAGCAGAAGGAGAAGGAGAAGGAGGAGAUGCUAAUGCGGAGGCGACGGACGUGGACAUAAACGUGUCCCUGUGGGGAGUGCCGCUGCUGCCGAGCAAAGGGGACAAGACGACCGAUGUUUUGCUGCUGAAGUUCCUUCGCGCGAAGGACUUCAGGGCGGGGGAGGCGUUCGAGAUGCUGAGGAGCUGCCUGGAGUGGAGGAAGAAGAACAAGAUCGACGAGAUCAUGCACGAGGAUUUCGGGAGUGAGUAUGAUAGUGUGAGCUACAUGAAGGGGCUGGACAGGCAGGGGCAUCCGGUUUGCUACAAUGUGUAUGGGGUGUUUGCGGAUGAGGAGAUUUAUAAUAGGACGUUUGGGAAUGAAGGAGGGAGGGACAGGUUUCUCAGAUGGAGGCUGCAGCUGCUCGAGAAGGAGAUUCUCAAGCUCGAUUUCUCCCCCGGGGGGAUCUCCACCUUGCUGCAGGUUAACGAUCUCAAGGACAUGCCCGGCCCGUCUAGGCGCGACCUCAGGCACGCUACCAGGGACGCUGUCGCCGUUCUUCAGGAUAACUACCCCGAGUUCGUCUCCAGAAAUAUAUUUGUGAAUGUUCCAUUUUGGUAUUACGCGUUCAAUGCGGUUCUAUCGCCGUUCCUAACGCAAACGACGAAGAACAAAUUCGUGUUUAGCCGUCCAUCAAGGGUGACAGAAACGCUAGUCAAGUACAUCGCCGCUGAGGAGAUACCUAUUGCCUAUGGAGGACUGCUACGAGAAGAGGAUCUUGAGUUCUCGACCAAGGAUGCUGCUUCUGAGAUCGUCAUCAAGCCCGGAGCAACUGAAUGUAUUGAGAUCCCCGCACCAACGAUUGGAGUUACAAUCGUAUGGGACGUGGCGAUAGUAGGGUGGGAGGUUAACUACAAGGAGGAAUUUGUGCCGUCGGAUGAGAAGUCAUACACGUUGAUCGUAAAGAAGCAACGGAAAAUAAGCUGGCAACAGGAGCCCAUGCGGAAUUCUUUCACGAACAAGGAAGUUGGUAAGCUGGUCAUCACGGUCGAGAAUGGUAUGUUCAAAAGGAAGAGAGUUCUCUACAGAUAUAAGAUCAAGAAUAGUGAAUCAACUUCCACUUCUUCAUCAUGAAUAUGAUGCCUCCAACCAUAUUUUAGCAUGUUAAAUUUUCUUUUAAUGGGAUAAAAUAGGUGUUUUUGAC